GGGAAGUCGUUUGUGGCGCCCGCGAAACUGCAACCCUGGUUUGGAGUCUUGGGCACUGAGCGCCACGGGCCUGGGCCGACCUGGACUAGACGGCUUUCGCCAAGGAAGCUCAACGAGAUGAUGUUUAACAGUGGGUUUGAAAGCUACGGCAGCUCCUAUGGGGGAGCCGGCGGAUACACACAGAGCCCUGGGGGCUUCGGGUCUCCAACGUCCACCCAGGCGGAGAGGAAAUCAAGAUCGCGAACCAACCACAUUGUGCCUUGUACCAUCUCUCAGCUCCUCUCCGCCACUAUGAUUGAUGAAGCAUUCAAAAUUGGCCAUGUUGAGAUUUCACAGGUCUCUAUUGUGGGGAUAAUCAGACAUGCAGAGAAAGCUCCAACCAACAUCGUGUACAAAAUCGAUGACAUGACAGCCGCACCAAUGGAUGUUCGCCAGUGGGUUGACACAGAUGACCCUAGUGGUGAAAACGCCGUGGUUCCUCCAGAAACUUAUGUGAAAGUGGCUGGCCAUCUGAGAGCUUUCCAGAACAAAAAAAGCCUUGUUGCCUUUAAGGUCAUCCCCCUGGAGGAUAUGAAUGAAUUCACCACGCAUAUUCUAGAAGUCGUCAAUGCACACAUGAUUCUGAACAAAGCUCACAACCAGCCCUCAGCAGCAAGAGCACCUGUCAGCUAUCCAGGAAUGGGAGGAAUGGGUGAAGCUGGGAACUUUGGAGGAAAUAGCUUCAUGCCAGUAAAUGGCCUCACCACAAUCCAAAACCAGGUGCUUAAUUUGAUUAAGGCUUGCCCAAGGCCUGAAGGACUAAACUUUCAGGAUCUCAAGAACCAGCUCCAACACAUGAGUGUAAGCUCAGUCAAGCAAGCAGUGGACUUUCUAAGCAACGAGGGACACAUCUAUUCCACUGUGGAUGAUGAUCAUUUUAAAUCCACAGAUGCAGAAUAACUGAAUCUAAUUGGGUGCCUGAAUUAUUUUCUGGCUGGACAUAUUUUCAUAACCUUUUGGUUUCCAGCUAUGCAGAUGUUUGGCCAGUUUACUUCUAGGAAGUAGGUUUUAUCUAUAAAAGGUCUCAGUUUACACCCUUUUGACAAGUCCUGCUCUUCUGUUUUUUGAAGUUCAAAGGGAAAUGGGCAGCUGACAGGGAUGUAAAGCAGGGCAGACUUUCUUAAAGAUGUUACCAUUUGCUGCUUACAACAGCAGGGCAAGUGGAGUUGAAAGAAGACUGCUGCCCAGAGACGGGCAGUGGAACUGAAAUGAUUCUCUUUCCUGUGGAGCAGAUGAGCAGGAGUGGAGCUGGCCAGGAACCCCAGGAAGCUCUGCAGUUCCCCACCGUGGUUCUGUGGUUCUUUUCAGACCACAUUUUCCUUCACCUUGUCAGGACUGCUACCAUGGGUUUCUAUAAACAAAGGAUUUGGGAGGAGAGGCCUGCUGGGCAGCAGAGAGAAAGAACCAACUAUUUUACAAAAUCAGCCAUCCAGAUGUUUAAUAAAAUAGUGAUAUCAC